GUAGGAAUUCAUAUAUGUCAAAUAUUGUAUUGUCUAUGGCGUAAAUAUUCAGCUGUCAGAUGUCACUGUUAGAUUGAGAAAUAAAAUCGAACGUAGGAGACUGGUGGAAGUUUUAGCAGAAUAAGAUGUUUAUUUAAUUAUUUCAGUUAUGUAGAUAUUUCUUGGUUGUGUGCUACUUAUUUGAGUAUCUCCGUUUCAAAAAACUAAAAUGGAAGUGACUAACGGCGCAGAAGAGGGAUUUGUUAGAGAGUGGACUCCUUGCACGCAUAUUUUGAACUUGAUUCCUCCUCGUAUACAGAGUGGAUUAUUUUCCAACGAACUGUGUUUAACUUGUGUGGAUGCUGUUAGUGACUAUAUUGCUCUCGGGACUAACGUAGGGCUGGUGUACUGGUACGACAGAAAAAAAGGAAAUAUUCAAAGGUUAAGAUGCGAGGCGGCAACCAGUGCUAUCACAUUCGUAAAGAUAGUGAGUACAGUGGACAACAUGGUGGGUGCUGGCAACGCUGCAGGCCAGGUCACCGUCUUCCAGAUCCCGAAGGAGCACCCUGAAAAUAUUCCAGACACUUUCAAGCCCAAAGUGGAGCCCAAGGUAGAGAGGUAUACAAUAGGAGAUCUCCACAAGUCCACGAUCACCGCGAUAGAAUGGUCGAAGAAUGGCAUGCGGCUCUUCUCCGGUGACAAGAACGGCGUCAUCAUUAUGACUGAAAUCGAUUUCUACAUGCAUCUGUGCAAGUCGAUGGAGAUAGUGAACGAGGAGCAUGAGAUAGUCCAGCUCAGCUAUCACCAGAACACUCUGCUAGUGUCCAGUGUGUACCGCAGCAUCGUGUGUGAGCGACGCGACGGGCGCUGGCAAGUCAAUCAAAUAGGCAAAAAGGAGCGAAAGAGCCUGUCCCCAUUGGGCGCGGUAUUCCAGUAUUCGUACGCGCGGGGCGGUGAGGCGGCGGUUUACUGCGCUCGUCCCGGGCUGCGGCUGUGGCGCGCCGAUAAGCAGGGUGGCGUGUUGCAGACGCUACUGUUGAAGGACGCGAUAUCCAACCCGCUGACGGUAGCGGAGCUCCUCAACCCGUGCACUCGACCGAGGCCGAGCGCGGACACGGAGCGCAGCUUCGGGCCGCUGCACGUGUUCCGCGACCAGUUCCUGGUGACGCACGACGCGCGCGCGCUCUACGUGCUGGAGCCGCGCGCCGCCCGCGCCGUGUGCGUGCUGGACGCGCUGCGCAGGAUAUUGUCAGUGUCAGUUAACAAAGAAGAGAUCUUCGUACUGGAGGGGCCUCGAUCACUCGUGAGGUUAGCAGCGGCGCCCGAUCACACCGCACCGUCAGACGAGCCGGUGCACCUGAUGAGCAAGUCUCUGACGUCAUCGCUGCAGCACGCCGUCAGCACGGUGCGAGAGCUCACUCACCUACACCAGACAGUCCCCUACUUGGGCAGCGUCCUAGAACAUCCGCUAGCACUCCUCACUAAUAACGAACUAUUAGACAACACCGUAGCGAGCGCAGAGGAAUGCUUCGAACUACCCCCCAUUAAGCACCUGCCGACAGACUUAUCCGAAAACGUUUUGGAGUCCAUCAUCAACGAGUUUAAAGACGUAUCGAGCGACGCGGAGGAGCUGAGGAAGGCUAAGUCUGAGGAGUUGCAGAGGAAGUUGAGGCUGUAUAACAGUAUAAUGGAGAAGAAGUGUGAUGAAGAAGUGAUUCAUAGUAGACGUAGUAGAAGGAGAGAUGGUAGUUCGGGUCGAAGCACGCCGCGCGUCGCCACGCCCGUGAGGAAACCGGACAAUGCCAGCUACACCAGUCCGUGUUUGAUGAACGUCAGUGUCUACAGUAAUGAUCCUCAAAGCGACGAACUUCUUGAAAAACAGAUUGAGGAGAAAGAGAAGAUUCUCGCGAAGAUGCUGAAUCUAGAAUCCUUGAGCAUCACCGCCCCUAACAUCGAAGCACCCAAACGCAAUGACGUCACACCCGUCUACAAGCAAAUUGAGGUCACUCCCUUUAUAGAACCAGAAGUAACUCUACCUGAAAAAAAGACAACAUCAACAGUAACCGCCAAACAGGACUCUAAGCCGAUAGACUUAGUACCUAAAAUCGUGAAACUACCCAACAAUUGGAAUUUAGGAGAUAUAGAACUGAAGCUAGAUAUGAAAUCGAAUGGUGUGAAGGACCCCAGAAACAUUAUAUCGCCGGACGAUCAUAUAGAAAGCGAUUGGGAGAUAAUCUGAUACGAUAAGAGCAAAUGAUCUUAGUCACUUACGUCCAAUACAUACCGAUCAAUGCAUUUUUUUUUAUAUUUAAGAAUGACUCGUAAUGUUUAAAAAUAUAUUAAGGAGACUUUAUGAAAACGACAAUUAUGUAAGAUAUGCACAUAAGUAGAUGAAGUAGCUUUGUUAUCUAGAUAUAGAUUUUCAUAAGACAAUUUCUAACUUGUGAAUGCUUAUAGCUUUAAUGAAAAUACGUAUCAUCAAGUUGCCCAAAUUAUUUGUGCAUAAAAGUGACAUACAUUUUUUUCAGUUGAAAAACUAUAAACAAAAGUACGUAAUUAUAAUAAAAUGAAUAGACAUUUGGCUUUAUUUAUACUUUACAAAAGUAGGAAAGCUAUACAUAAAUUCAAACGAGUCAAUAAAAAGGACUUUGUACACAUAGCUGCUCUCCAGUUUAAACAAUACUACCUACAUGCUACGGUUAAUUGUCAGUCAUAGAAGUACAGUACAAAGUUCAAAAUUGACUGCAGAUUUUUGACAGUAGAAAACCUGUCGUGAUAGUGAGACUUUUUUUUAUCAAAUUUGUGGAAGGAUUAUUAUUUUAUUAUAAAAGGUUAAUGGUAUUCGGUAGCACAUAAUAAUAUUUAUUUAUCGUUUAAUUUUACAGAAUUGGUUUGGAAUCUACUUUCAUACAGUUUACAACUUAGGCGUUAGAUAAGUAUUAGUAUAGGAACUUGUAUAAUGCGCAGCGCAUCAGACUGAUAUGUUUAUAUUAAUUAAACUUUGUCUAUAAGGUGAUCAUUACACGUUAUAUCAUAAUAAUAUGAUCUAAUUAUAAGUAGGAUAUUUGUAAUUAUGAAUUUUGCUUCAAAUAUGAUUUUUGACGAUCUCUGUAGUUGAGGGAGAUUAACCGGAUUGUAUGCUGGUAUUCCACAGCUUCGGGGCGGGGGCUUCGAGUUCCACCUCUUAGGUUCGAGGUUUGAAUCCCGGUAGGUGUAGGUAUGUUUUUAUGAUGAAUACGAGCAUUUGUAACCGAGCCGUGGCUGUUUAUAUAAAUAACUAGAAAAAAAGUAGUCUGUAUCCGUCAUUAUUGAAGAAUUGGCGACUUUAUCAUUUUUCUACUCUCUAGAAGUAAAGAUUUUUUAUUUAUAGGCCAUAAGGUAGCAAAUUGAGUAAAUAAGGCAACUAGGUUUUAGAAAAAAAUAAAUAAUUGAAUUUGAUAAAUAAAAUAUUUAUACGUUUUUCUCAUCAAUUAAAACAUGAAAAAUCAUAAAAAAGACAAGGUCAUGCUUGUGAAUUUUUAAUGCUUGCAUGUAUUGUUCGUAGUCAUUAAUUUCGAAUUAAUUGGUAAUAUUUUACAUAGUAAACAAUAAUUAAAAAAAAAACGCAGAAAACAAAUAGUGUAUAGAGCUUUUUAUCUAGUCGCUACAAGGAUUAAAAUUUUGAUUAAUGAAAAAUCUAAAAAGACGGCUACUCAAACAAGUCGCAAAAUACGAAUCUUUAAAUUAUCGCACAUUGUAUUAGCAUCAUAGUAUUUAUAAAUUUUGAGUAAGUGUUUGGUCUUAUGUGUAUAUUAAAAGGUAAUACGUAGACGUAGCUAUAAAUUAUUCUAGCAUUAUAUGAUUUGUAUUAUUAGGCAAGUAUUACGCAAAUUAUAGUAACUAUAGUACCUAUACUAAAUUUAUGUAUGACUACACAUUCCGAUUAUUUUCGUGCACCAAAGCAAAAUAUGAGCAAUGUACAUUAACCAUCAGACCCUUCGUUCAAAGUAAUUAUUUUUUUUAUGAAAACUAUCACAAAAUGGGAGAAUGUAUAUAAACCGGGAACCAAAUCAACCUCCGAUAGGUGGUGUAUUUAAUUAAACGAACCAGUAGCAUGACAUACAUAAUAAUAAUGUGUAUUUAUAAACAAAAUUAUGUGAUUAAAAAAUAAUCUCCAUCAAAUGUCGCUUGAAAAGUACGGUUUGCAAAAAAAUCUUGGAACCCUUUUUUAGCUCUCCGCUAAUUCAAGAAUAAAAACCAAACAUUUGUAAACAAAAAUAACAAAUAUUGAUAAGUAAUAUAUUCGGUUGAUAUUUUUUCUUCACUUAUUGAGCUUUGGCCAUGAAUGGUUGAUAACCUAAAUCGUCAACCAAAUGUCACUUCAAGUUGCAUUCAGAAACUGGAUUACAAACUUUUGUUUACAUAAAGGAUGCAUGUUCGUAUGUGACCUAGUAAUAGUGCAUGAUUAUUCAUAACUACUCCGGCGGUAAUACAGAGAUGAGCGGAAUAGAAGAGCUAGAUUCUGAUUAAUGUUUUUUCUCACAGUCUUAAUAAAUAAAUAUUAUUAAAAAUCGGUGGGUUUUUUCUCACUUAAUCUUAGUAAAUAAGUUUUAUUAAUUAAAAACUUUUUUUGCUCACUCUACCUAUUUGGUUUGAAUUGACAGCUAUGACAUCACAAUAUGGCGCGCAGUUGGUCCUAUUCAUAGUUGAAUCGCAUUAUACAGUAUACGAGUAAUUAUAUGAGGAACAGUGUAACCGCCUCCUUUUAAACAAUAUCAACUCCUUUCACGAUAGCUUUCAAUUUGUUAUUUGAAAUAAAUUUAUGAUUCACUAAGCGGGCGAAAUUGGAAAUAAAUAAUUUUUCAUGUAUGGGAAUAGUAUCUUUCCCACGUGUCACCCGCCUAUGGGUUGUAACGAACGGAGGAUAAGAUUUAUUAGAACUAAUUGGCGUGUUUUUUAUAUAUAUUAUUCCCCGAUUAGUGUCAGUGACAGUUGUAAUUAAUUAACUCUAAAGUGCCUCGUAUGUCGACGUAGAAAAGUUCCAUUUAAAUAACAAAAUACCUCUGCUUACGAGAACCUACAUAAAGCUAAGAAAAAGAUUUUAUUUAAUGAAUUUUUUGUGCCAUCAUUCGAAAAGUGGAACAAAAAGCAUUUUUUUUAAAACAUGGUGUGGGCUAAUUUUAAAGUUUAGUAUAUACUGAGUGAUGUGCCCGGUUAUCGUUUCAUUUUGAAUUAUUUACUUUUCAAUUACAUAAUAAUUAAAUAACUUAUCGGCAUAAGCUUUUAUGCAGUUUAUUGGUAAACUAUUGCUUAAGUUUUAAUGCCAAGUAAAUUAUUUAAAUGAGUAGCACCUGCCCCUCUAGCAUGAGUAACAAAACGCGAUAUGAUAAAGCGAUUUAUCGACAGUCAACUGUCAAACUCCAUUGUAGUUUGACAGUUAAUGUCGAUAAAUCGCUUUAUCAUAUCGCGUUUUGUUACUCAUGCUAGGGGGGCUGAGGAUAUAAAAGUGCACAAAUUAAAUUUUGAACUUUUAUAAAUAUAAAAUGAUGACUUUCUUAAAAUAUAUUUAUAAUGCAGACACUUCACUUAGCUAUACGGGAUUACUAUUUUUAAACUUGACAUCAGUCUGUCUGUCUGACAGGGACAAACUGUUGUCAAAUUUACAAAAUAGCAAAUACGUAUAGCCAAGUCAAGUGCGAGCAUAUUACGAGUAAUCAAAUUAUUUGGAUAUUAUUGACACUAAACGUUUAUUAUUGUGAUAUUUUUGUUUUUGUGCGAUGUUAUGAUUUUGGUUUAAUAAAUGUUAUUGUAAUUUAAACUGUGUUUUUAUUACGUACUAAAGCUGGUUCUAGAAUGAAACAUGGUAUUUAUACUUACAAACUUUAUUGAUACUUUACAGCCAUAAAUAAUCUAACCCAAAAAAAGUGAUGAACAAAAAAAUCAGAUCUUUCAAACAUUAUUUGAGCCGUCACACUCCUGCUGUACCUUUCCAUGUAUCUGUUUCUGUGUUAACAAAUACACAAUGUGAAUACCAUGUCGGUAUUAAGUCUCGUGUACUCAAAACAACAAAACUGAUUUAAAUUUUAAUGUUAAAUUAAUUGAACAAACUACAUAGACAAUCGCAAGAAAAAUAAUUAUGCAUACGGUUUUCUCAAUGCAUUGAGAAUUGUCAGAAGGGUAUAGAUUUUUUUUUCACUUCACUGUACCCAUGUAGUUAGGAUUAAAGAGACAGUAGUGUGAAGCUCAAGCUACAUAAUAACCUCUCACAUUCAGUAGUCUUAAAAUAUCGAAUCAGUUUUUUUUUAUAAUAAAUUAACGAUAUAUUUUAAGACAUCUCGAUCAUCGAAUAAAAUGUAUUCCACAGAAUGUCAACUCGGACUAUACACAAUUAUUGUUUAUAUAACUCGGGCCAAUUCAGAAACUAAUCUAAACUGACGACGCAAGACUUUCUGUCCCUCUUGCACAUUAUUCCUGACAGGCAAGUGCGAAAAGGACAAAAUAUCCGGCGGCGCCAUUUUGGUUUAGUUUCUUCAUUUGCGAGAUAAAUACAACUUAAAACUCGCCAUGGCUCACCUGCAACAAAAUAGGAACACAUUCGUAGUGAAACGAUCAAGAGGAUAUUUGAAGACAUCAAUUAAAAUAGAACAUCUCUAUGUCGAUGUAUAUGCUUAUUAAUUACUAUUUCAGCUGAUAAGAACAAUCUGUCAAGACAUCAAAGUAUAUAGAAGUAAGUAUCCUAUUGCGGAUGAGCCAUUAUAUGUCAAAAAGUUAUAUAAAGGUGACCAAGUAACAUAAUGAAUAGACAACACUGCAGAAACAAUCCUUUAUAAAAUAAAUAGGUAAAGAAAAAAUAAUAAUAAAUCAGAGAUCAUUUAGAUGUUAAUCAAAACACAGCAUUAAACUAUAGGAAUAUUAAGUAACUACGCUACGGUUAAAUAAAUUGGUCACAGAAAUAAACACAGUAAACCAAAAUCUUAUUACUAAGCUAGAUAAGUGAAAACUAUUCACGCAACAAUCACUGCGUACUAUGCUAGCAUUUCAACAUGCCUAUUCGUAUUUCAUAUAUGUAUUAAAAAUUAAACAGUGGCCCGUCCAUUUCAUUCCACAGGAGGCGGGCAGUGUUUUUUCCAUACAAACGUUCUCGACUGAUUCCUCUUUGAUUUUUAUCACUAAAUAAAUGAUUUUCAUACAUAAAAUAAAAUUUUACACAUUCUAUGCUCCUGUCUUCCUUUUAUCGAUAACUUGUGUUUCAAAAAUGCCAAAAAAAGAACAAAUUUUUAUCACCACUGAAGACGUCUAGUGUGGAGAUUCAAUAAACAUUUACAAAAAAGCAAAACAUAGAGGCCUAGCAUAACAACUUAUUAUCCUAUAGGUAAAAAUACUUUUACAUAGUAUCUUACUUCCGAGGAGAAAAUCGUCGAGAGCCAAACUUAUAAUUUAGCAAUAUUUAUACGCAAUUUUCAGCGUUAGCUACUGUUGUCCCUAUCGCACGGUAUUAGUCAUUGCGCGACAGCAAUAGUUGCUUCAAAUACCUAUUUCUCAAAUGUCUUUAAGCUCGCAUCGGCUCUUAAACAUAUACCCCCUUAUUAAUAAACAAGGAAUAAGCUUAGACUAGUUACGCCGUGUUUUGUUCAUGUCACUCAAAUGUCAUUUGUCAUUCAAUAGACAAAACAUGGUGUAACUAAUCCACGCGUAGUCUUCGUUUAUUAUUAAGGGGGAUACAUAUACACUGUUGUCAAAUUUAAGAAUAGCCAUUUUAAAGUGCCGAUAGAUAUAAACUUGAUAACAAUAUUUCCUUUUCGCUCCCGUUAGAGUAUGAUAAGGACAACAUGCUGUAAAAUUUUCAGAUAGCUAAUACAAAUAGCCAUAUUGAAGUGCUAGCAUUAAAAUAACAACUUUAUUUGUAUACAUCUAUAGAAGAUUAAGUGCUGAAUUAUUUUUAAUCAGCUUGCAAUAGCUAUUAGAACAUGUAAGCUAGUCAGAACAUACACUUCGUACAACGUGAAGUUGUAUUUCAAUUAGAUUAGCUUUGCAUUGCGUCAUAACAUUUUUUAAGCACAUGUGCAAAAAGAUGAUUUAAAUAGGUAUACAUUCUUUAAACACUAGAUCGAAAGCUCGCAGACAUUUCAACAUUCACUGCUCUAAUCAAUUUCUAAUAGGUACAAACGAAAAUCAAUUGAAUACCAUCGUAUUUUAUUUUAUGAAAACCAAACCAAAAUAAUUAUGGGGUACUGCAGUGCAAUUCUAUAAGAACAAGCUCACUUUCACCGCGGAUUAAACCGGCGCGAUUUGAAAUAUAGAUAUAUGAAAUUCGUUUUUAUAUUUCAAAUCACAACGCAGAUUUCAAGAUGAAAUGAGAGAUGAAUGUUCUUACAGAAGGAAACUACUGAUUAUUCUUACCAUAACAUGCUUAUGGAAAUCACAUUUCUCUUAAACGAUAAGCUAAUUCAUUACUGGCAAUAUGACUUUAAACUUGUUACUUUGAAUACUCAAUUCUCGCUAUAGUUUCUACAAAUAUUUAGUUCGAAACGCUCAAUAGAAAUCAUCAAAAUCAACGAAAGCUAUGAAGCUUUUAAAUGUAUUAACAAGUUACUACUUAUAUAUCACAAUAAUUUAGCGCAAAUUAAGCCGUAUACGAAAUAUUAGCUGCCGAUUACUCACAGUAUCUUAUCUUACAUACAUUUUACAUUCCCGCAAACAUCUUGAGCAACAUUCUUGUCUAUUGUAGACAAGGAAGCCUGCGCAGUAGCAAUAUUACAUACAAAAACGUCUUCUGCGCAAGUUUCUCUGUGGUUUUGCUCAAGAAGGUUCCACUACCUAUAUAUAUGCUAAACAAUGCUCAGGCAAACACUGUAAAAGUCUCGCACACAUAACUAGUCAUCUUCAUAGAUAAAUAAUUAUAUAAAAUAUAUAUGUAUAUAAAUAUUUAUUUAAAAAAAAUGUAGUUCCUUUUAUUGGUGUAUGUUUAUAGUAAAUCACUUUUUUUAUUAUAGCCGCAUUCGUGGAUUUCUUUAUGCCUAAAGGUUGACUGGCAGAGAAUGGUUUUAGCAUUAAGUCCGCCUUUAGUCCAUUUUUGUAAUUGUGGCAAUAAAGUUUAAAUAAAUUAAGGAAUUUACUUAUCGUAAAUCACUGUUUCACAAGCGGACCACAUUAUGUGCGAAAACUGUUCAUAUUGCAAGCAAUUUUUGAUUGACUGAUGGUAAUACGAUACCAUAAUUGUAUGGAACUGUUGUAUAUUUUCACUAUCACUGUUGUGGUUAUGCUUGGGAGAGCAGUUAUCCCGACCACAUUCAAUCUUCAACUUUCUCCAACUAGUUAUUUCCUAUCAUAGCCUAUUUAAUUCGUUAUUUACUUAAUUAAUUUUAAGUCUUUCAUAUACUUUCUUUCCUCAGGGUUUAGACUUACUAUUCUUUAGUUAAGAUUCGAUUCCAUUAUCGACAUACCACUAUUUCCGAUAUCCUAUCCUCAGUAAACAAUAUAGGUACAUAUCGAGUUUUAAAUAAUUUAAUAUUAAUUACAAAUUAACUCUGGUAAGUUUACCUCUCGACAUGGAUAGGUAAUCGGGAACAGUCGUUAUGGAUGUACCGAAGACAAUUACCCAUACAUGUAUAAGAAUAGAGUAGGCGAGAUAUAGACUCUAAUACAAGUGGAAGUGUCCCUCUAAUAGAAAGAGAGAGAAGAUGAGAGACUGCUAGCUUUCUCUCUCUAAUCGCGCAUGCGCAUUGGCAAGUAUCUACAUAUUUCGAUGUGAUGCCAUUUGAUGCCAUGCGUUACAAGAGAGAGAGAUAGCUAGCCGUCUCUCAUCUUCUUCCUCUUUCUACGAGACGGACACUUUUAGAGCCGCCUUCCCCAUUCUAUUCUUAUACCUCUAUGCUAUUACCACGUCUACAUAAACAGUCUUUUUACCAAAAAGUCUUCUCUUCUCAGUCUUUAGUUUAUGAUGAUAUUUACUCUUCCAUUUAAUAAUUAUAACCUACAGCCAUCAGAAACUGAACACAAAUCGAGUGUCCAAUCUCUAAGGCUUUCAUAUUUGGCAGUGAACUUUCCUAAUUCCAACAUUUACAUACAUUCUUAUCUUACAUACAAUAUACUGGACACCUAGACAGCAUUAUUUUAUAAAAUUAGAGUUAUUAAAGCAUUAUUUCAUUUUAAAAAGUCCUUAUGACAUUUACAAUCACCAAUCUUAUCUAAUAAUAACGAAUGCCUCAUUGGUCAUUUCCCAUAAUAAUACAAUUCACUAACAACCUCACUCAAAGACGGCUAUUUACUUUAAAGAUGCAUUUAUUGUUACUUUGUUUGCGAUACCACACGACUUAACGAACCAUUAAAAUUAAAUGACGUCUUUGUGUGCGACUGUAAUAAAGUAAGCACAAUAUUAGUCAAUAGAAUUCCUUAUGAAGAAUUCCAGAAAUGCCUAAAGGUUAACAACUCACGGCGCGAUUUUUACCAGCGCCCGCCGUGGCUGCGGGAAGGCAAAUCGCGUGAAAUGUGAAAUUGUACGUUGAACACAAUUUCAAAAUUAAUGAGGCACGCGUUGCGCGAUUGUUUGUGGCACGAGCGGGUCGCAAUCACAAACGACGCAGCGGGGUGCGUCCGAUCUUUUCUUGUUAACGCUAAUUGUCAAAACUAAAAUUGGAGCUUUCUGCUGGUGGCUCACGCAAUACUGUUUAAACAAAAAUCUUCGGACACUUCACGCGACGUCGCGUGAUUGGCAAUGAACGUGUUAAGGGGCUGUUCAUUAAACACGUGAGGCUCGAAAGGGGGGGAGGGGUCCAUAAAAAAAUCGCGAAAUAUCACAAGGGGGGAGGGGGACUGUAGUAAUAUAUCACAUGUAUUUCCGUGGUCCGGGGAACCUGUACAUUAAAUAAUGUUCAUGUAUAUAUACAAAAAAGUUUUUCGCAUUUCUUUUAUUAUUUUUAUGUCAGUCAAAAACCACCUGCAACCUUUCUGUCGUCUUUAAUUAGUUAAUCUUAAUUUUUUUAGAAUAAAAUUAGAUGACACUUAUACACCUGUAUUUCAUAAAUAUUAAAAAAAUAAGAUUUAUUGUAGGUAGUAAUAAAUACACGUGAUAUAGGGGUAGAGGGAUGGGGUUGUCUUAAACCUCACCAUGUAUUACCAAGGGGGAGGGAGGGGUUAAAAAUGCCAUAAAAACAUCACGAGAUUAAUGGACGGCCCCUUAGUUUACAAACGAGAGACCGCGAGACCGCACAAAAAUACGAUUUGAAUUAGAACAGCUCUGUGGCGGGCGCGGGAAUCCGCUCCGUGAGUUCUCACCCUUAAAAUAAAAAUUGGGCUACAGGACGCAAUAGGAAAAUAAAUACAAUUGAAGCUUACACUUGUUUUCCUUUUAAUUAUCUAAAUAUUUAAUUAUACUAAACCGCCCGAUUUACGAAUUUCACUUAAAUACUAAUCGGUUUGUUUUUAUUUAUUUUUAAGCAUUUAACUGCUAGAUGUUUAAAUCUAAAGAAAAGUUUACUAGAAAAAACCUACCUGGGUGGGUUACCUACAAUGCGAAGAGAUGGCGCUGCCUUGCAGCUUAAGAAUGGCAAGAAGAAUUUCGACGCGGCCAUCAGGGCCGCGGUAGCAUAAUUGGUUAGUGCAUUCGCCCGGAUUGCGAAGGGUGCGGGUUCGAGUCCCGUCCGCUGCCUGGUCAGCAUGGAGUUUUUUCUAGUAAGUAAACUUUUCUUUAGAUUUAAACUAAUCGGUUUAAUGUGAUAUUUGCGGCACAACAGUAUAAGAGUGACCAAGCGACACACAAUUUUAUUGAGCGAUGUUGCGUUGUGUUGGAACAGAAACACUAUUGGAAACAAAACCAUCACUCAAAGCGCAGCGAAGCACGAAUUAUUUGAUUCCUCAAUAUAAUCUAAGACGAGCGGGUUGACUAAAUAGAUCGCAAGACAAUGCAGCAUAGCUUGAUGUUGUUGAUUAGGGUUUACCUUAAGGCCUUAAUCCUAUCCCUCCGCCGACGACUAUUGAGCGGGUAGACCAAGAAAAAUGAAACGUCAAACUAGUGAAGACAAGAAAAGUUCUCGUCGGCGGCAGUUUAGUAGUCCACGAUUAACUAUAGAUAAAAUAAUAGUGUUAAAUGCCGCCGUAAUUAUUGCAUAAGGUUAAAACCACAAAAUUAUAUUAUUAAAUACUGCAUGUUUGUUAUGCUAAGCUUUCCUGUCCCAUCGCGCUGCGACCAUACUUAUUAUAUUGGACGGUUGACAAAAUACUUUUGGAAAAUAAACAUAUUAAUGUUUUUACUUUGCCUUAUUCACAAAUAGGUCGAUUUUUUUCUAUGCACUCUCACUUUUUUGGUAGUAAUAACAAAGAACAGAUCUAAGCUAGAAAAGAAAAAGUCCGAAAGAAUAAUGCAGACAUCUUUUAUUAAAGUUAUGGAGUCCACUUUUGCAUAUUCAUUUCGUACUCAGUAAACUUGACUAUCUUAUCUUGCUUUCUCUCAGUAAAGUCAGUCUCAGUUUGUAUAUUGAAACAAUAUUUGUAGAAUAAAAUAAAUCUGAGAUUAUAAGGAAUACGAACAGUUUCCAUUUUACAAAACUGUGCGUGGCUAUAAUGGCGAUUAGAUUUUAUUGAAAUUUGACAAUUGUUUGAUCUUUUUCCAUCAGAACGGUCACAAUGAGAGAAAUUCUAGAAAAAGUUCGUAUCAAACUAGAGUAAAGGGUGAAAAGUCAACAUUAAACCUGAAAUCAACCUGUAAGGGAACUUAAAGGAUCAGCAAUGAAUAGUCAUCAAUGGGCUUAAUCUUUUUGAACUCACAUACCCACAUUGUUUUCGCCAUUAAGAACUUUAUUCAUUUAAAUAUAAGAGUCAUUUUCGUUUCGACGUCCCCAAAAUUUAUGUCUUAUCUACGAACGAAGGUAAUAAAACGUUUAGUUCGAUAUUUACUAUGCGAAAGCGCAACUAAAACCUAGUUGAUUUCUUUAUUUUAACUUGAAGUAGGUCGGUAUUUUAAAACGUCAAUCGAAAAGAUUUUUGUCUUCACACUUAGCUCAAUAACAUUGAACCCCUUUUGGUAUGUAAGUGGCGUCUAAAAAGAGUACCUAAUAAUAAUUGAGGAGCUGGCGACCAAAACGGUAUAAUUACAUAAAAUUUAAUUUUACAGGAGCUGUACAAAACUGAAUGACAUACCUACAGUGAGCUUUUGGCAUGGUUAUAAUUUAUAAAUUUAGUAAUUUCAACACUGUUUUAGGCGGUUUUGAUUGAAAAUUAUUUGAGAUUCAAAUUCAACGGGCCCGAAACCUCUAAAAAAAAAAAGACUGUAAAAAAAAGUAGUUCGACCAGAUGCGUAAUUAUACCGUUUUGUUCGCCAGCUCCUCAAUUGUGAAUAUGAACCUAAUUACUGUGUGUAAUUGUUAAAUUAACAAUCCCAUCGUCAUCAUCGUGUACUUUCUUAUGAGGAAAUUAAUUAUUAAGGCCCAUAUUCAUAGCAACGUGUCAGCUUCUAAGUACCUUAAUAUUAAGUGUUCAGUCUCUUUCUGUCAUUUUCCCUAAUGUCAUUUGAGUUAUGUGAACAAAACACUAUAAUUAUUAAAAGCUUAAUCUUCGUUUAUUAAUAAGUGUCAGAAAUAUCGUCUAGUUUUAUUUUUACCUUUUAAUGAAAUUUAAAAUAAUUUAGAAAGAAAAACGAAUUUUUGCCCUACAUAAGAGGUUAUAAAAUUAAUAAUUGACAUAUACAGAUAAUGAGCAUUUAACUAUGGUUAGUGGUAGUGUAAUAUAAUAAAAAAAACCUUUAAAAUUUAAAACUAUGAAUUAACACUUUCGAUAUCUACACUUUUCUAAAAGCCAUCAUAAGUGAUGACUUAGAGAUGAGAUGUCAUCACACUUUCCUAACCAACAAUAAUAUUCUUUCAAUCUGAACUUGUCUUCAAAGUAUGAUCAGUUUAUAAAUAGGUAAGUAAACCAUUUUAUUUAGUGCCUCGAAGCUUGAACUUAUGAGUAAUUUUCUAAUAUCAUUUGUGCAAAAAGAGCAAGAUUAUACUAUAUUUGAUACUUUUCCAAUCAUUAUACAUUUAGUGCAACCACAUUAGGGUGGAUAUUUUAUCACAAAGAAAUUGUCUUCUUAGAUUAAAUAUUUAUGUAUGUAAUGCAAAAGUGUUUCGGAAUACUAGUGCUUCCAUAUCCCACAAAAUAGUCCCAAUCUUUAUAAAAUUACCUGCUCCCAUUAAAAGAUAUUGAAGUACCAGCAUUUAUAUUUAAUUAAGUUUUAAUUUUAUAGCAAGCCUAAGGGAAACAUCACAUUUUACACAGCACACAAAAAUAUAUAAUAAAUCGUCUUAAUGAUAUUACAAAAAUCAACUCUCGUAUUCUUGUAUAAACAUUUUAUUGAGCAAACUUAAUGAACUGCUGCAUAAAUUCAGUCGAAAAAUAAUAUUUUUGGAUGAGUAUUCAUUCUGGAAAUUUUCUAAAAAUAAGUCCAUCAUAACGAGCUUACGUAUUAAAAAAAAUAUUGCGUCAGCAAUAUUCAGUCAUUGUCCGGUUUAGACUUAACAAGUCUAAUAUUUUAUUUUAUUCUUACACCAAAAAGACACUGUGUACAAGCUGUAUUCCACUUAACAAUAUGAAUGCAUCAGCUCUUCAGACUCAACAAAAAUGACAAAAUUCAGUAAUAGAUUUCCUAACCUUAAUGGUUACGUACAAAGUACAAAAUCGAUUGCAUUCUGAUAUGUAGCAUCCUGAAGAAAUUUGUUGUUACAGUCUGUAACAGUGCCUUGACAGUAUUUUUAUUUAUCUCCUAAAAUGUCUAAAUUGUCAAGUGCGUGCCAAUUCGAAGUGCCAAGUUGUCACGGGUUUAAUAACUUAAGCAAUAAAUAGCCUCACAAUUGUUCAUAGAAAUUGCAAUAUCAUGGUGAAUCUAUGACUAUUGUUAGAAUUCUCGUUUCUAAUGAUCAUACAAUGCAUUUAAUAAAACACCAUCAAAGUGGUUACAAAGUAGGUAAUUGUUAUUUUACAAUAAAUUAAUUUUACGGACUCUUUUUAGGGACUGUACUUUUAAACUCAAUAUUCCAAGUAUCAAGAACUUCGUCUUGUCUAUUCUACUCUAUACUUAAAAAAAACAAGUUUGCGUAAGAUGGAUGGAAAAGGAUUUAAACGUAAAAAAGCAGGUUCCGUGGAUACAAGUGAUAUCCCUUGUAAGUGUUUUAUUAAAGAAACGGCGCAGCAACGAGGAAAAUAAUUAAUGACCAAAAAUAUUGUCAUUUUUCUAUAAACAAACUGAUUCUAUAUGGAAAACUAAAUUUCAAUACUGGAAAACGAUAUGUUUUUGUCACUCGAAAUUCCGCUUUCUGUACUUGUUGAUUUAAUAAAUCAAUGCGAUAGUAAGUUGUCUCAAAUCUAAAUUCCUGAUUGGAUCGUGUCUCACAAAUGAUGGAUGUAACAGCCCGUGUAAAUUAUUAUUUUCCUUUACAAAAAACAAACGGUUCGGAAAUAAAGGUGCGAGGUAUUAAUAAUAUAUAAGUAAUUAGCAGACACAAUCAAGUCUAAAAAUAUGUCUACAAUUUUGAUAGUUCGACGACGCGUUUUCACAUAAACCAUAAUACAUUGCAUACACUACUUUACACAACAAAAGCAAAAAUUUCCAAAGUUAAUUUUUUUUAACUUGAAAUUCUCUUAUGCUACCGCGGCCCUCACGAACCGCGUCGAAAUUCUUCUAGCCAUUCUUAAGGUGCAAGGCAGCGCCAUCUCUUCGCAUUAUAGGUAACCCACAAUGUCAAACGAAUACUUUUAUAAGUACUAAACAUUUGAAAGAAGAAUUAGCAAUUAUAAUUAUAAUUUUUAUUAUUUUAAAGCUGCUUGAUGUUUAAAUCUAAAGAAAAUAUAACUAGAAAAAAGUCUAGGGUGCGGGUUCGAGUCCCGUCUGCUGCCUAGUCCGCGUGGAUUUUUUUCUAGUUAUAUUUUCUUUAGAUUUAAACAUCAAGCAGUUACAUGCUUUAAAAUAAUAAAAAUUAUAACUUGAAAUUCUCUUGUUUUGUAAAUAUGAGAAAUCAAAAUUGUAAACAUUUUUUUCAAACAUGAUUGUGCUGUCAACCUGUCUCAAUAUCUAUCGAUAUGAACAGAACUAAAAUAAUAUCACAUACCUUAAGCGGCUGGUAACGUUGACUAGGCGAUAUUAGUUCUAGGGGACAUCACCAUGUACUGGUGUUCUAUAGGUGGAAUGGGGACUAUAGGAGACAUUGGUAGGUAAUCAUUCUCCGGAGUGUCUUUGAGGCGAAUCUUGAAUUGAUCCCGACCGCGAAGUAUCAAAUCCAUGAUCUCUUGGGGCAAAGCUAGCGUCGUUACGGCGUCAUCAUUGAAUUCAAUCGACAAAUCCGCAUCGUAGUCUUCAAACUCGUCGUCCAAACAUUCGACGGAUUUGCUACAGCGAGUGGUGGUGACGUGGGCCGUCGUUUCGUCCAAAAACUCGCAGCUUUUCGCCUCGCCUUUCCCUAUUUUGAGGCCUCGCAUCUUUUUGGACACUUUGAAACUCUUGAAUAUGUCCCGAGUGGGAGUGAAGUCGAACUUUUUCUUUUUGGUCUCGACGUCUUUGUUGUCUUUGGAAGAGUCGGAUUUGGGCGAGCUGGCGAUGCGGGAG